CCCUAUUACAACUAGGUCAAGUAACCUAGAGUUCAACUAGGUCAAGUAACCUAGAGUUUGGGCCAAACACAUAUUCUGGAUUUACUUCACUACAAAAAAGAAUUCAAUUGGCUACAACAAAGGGCCACGGCGCAGAUUUGCCGUAGCUAAUGGUCCUCCUUUAACGACUGCAAUUACUGCCGUCGCGAACUCAUAAAUAAGAUGCGACGGCUUUGCAUUCCCGUUGUUUCUGUUCUUAUCAAUUGCGACUGCAUAUACAUGCUGUCGCAUGUACUUGUGUCAAUUGCGACAGAGCUAACAAGUCGUCGCUUGUUUUAGGCAAUAAGAUUCGAGUAUGAGGGGAAAAAAAAGAAAAGAAAGAAAGAAAAACGUAAAAGCCAGAUCCAGAUCUGGUUUCCUCUCUCGUUCUCUUCCUCUCGUCACAGAGCAAACACGCAGAGAAACUCAUUCCAUUGUCAUUCCGUCUUCCUCUCAGGUGCGUGAUUCCAGGGUGGGCUAAGUGAGUGAGUAAGAGAGAAAGGUCAUUCUCUUUCUCAUCGGAUUGGUUUCAGGCAGACGAAUAAUACGAUUAAGGAAAAGAUUAGAACACCAAAUUGUCUGGCAAUGGUAAGGUGGAGUUGCUAAGUCGGUUGCGUUCUCCAUAUUUUCUUUCGUUGCUUGGGUAUUGUUCAGAUAACAGUCGUAAGCUGUUGGUGUAUGAGUUUAUGGCAAAUGGUGGAUUGCAGGAACAUUUGUAUCCUGUCAGUGGUGGUCCUAAUGCCCUCUCCACAAACUUAGACUGGGAAACCCGGUUGAGAAUAGCUCUUGAAGCUGCGAAAGGUUUGGAGUAUCUCCAUGAACAAGUUAGUCCUCCAGUGAUACACAGAGAUUUUAAGAGCAGCAACAUUCUCUUGGACAAAACAUUCCAUGCCAAAGUUUCUGAUUUCGGAUUGGCCAAACUUGGAUCUGACAAAGCUGGAGGUUAUGUUUCCACCAGAGUGUUGGGCACACAGGGAUAUGUUGCCCCUGAGUAUGCAUUAACAGGGCAUCUGACAACUAAAUCAGAUGUGUACAGUUAUGGGGUUGUGCUGUUGGAAUUGCUAACAGGCAGAGUUCCAGUUGAUAUGAAGAGACCCCCUGGAGAAGGUGUUCUCGUUUCUUGGGCUUUGCCGCAUCUGACAGAUAGGGAGCAGGUUGUACAGAUCAUGGAUCCUUACUUAUAUGUUGUUUCACUAAGGGCAACUCCAACCUUGGGGUGCCAAACCAGAUUUUGGGCCAUUUUGAGACUUUGGAUCUCCAACCAUGUGUUUUUGGGGGGUCUGGUCCUAUAAAUAUAGGACUUGGACUCAUUUGUAGUCUCAUAUUUGAGACUUUUCCAGGACCAGAUCCGGAGACUAUUCAUGAGCUCUAUCCAUGUGGCUGCAUCAGCCCAACUGAAGAUGCAACGCGCGCUCCAAGUGAAGUGAAGAAGAUGCGCGCUACAAGUGGAAGAAGGAAGCUGACGCGCGCUGAGGCGUUGGAGAGAGAAAAAUUCGGCCUUUGGUUACUCUGCCAAAGCGGGGCCCGCGCGAAAAUCUUUCCCUUGCCGACCGUUGGGGGUUCUCUUGUUUGAAUAUGGACGGCUUUGAUGUGGGGUUUCUUUUCUUUUUUUUUAACUGAAACUGAUGUAUAUUAAAUCUAAGGGCUGAGAUUUGAGGUAAAAAACCAA